AUGUAUCCUGUUUGUUGCUGCUGUUUAUUCGUCCUGCUCUUGUGCUGUUCUGGUUUAUUUAUGUGUUUUAUCUGUUUGUUGAUUCAGAUGUGGCCCAUACAUUCAGAGAUCUCCAACUGCGUCAUCAAACGUGAGGAGGAGAGAUGCUUGGAGCGAAUUGCCCUGCACGACCCUAAAGAUGACGAAGAGUUUGAGUGUCCGUGGGAGUGGGACAAUCUGACCUGCUGGCAGGCGGCCAGUGUCGGCAAGGUCGUGGAGGUCAACUGUCCCGAGCUCUUCGAGUUCAUGAGUCCAGAGGAAGGGCUCGGCAAGAUCAGCAGAAACUGUACGGAGUUCGGUUGGUCUGAACCGUAUCCACACUAUGUUGAUGCCUGUAUGACUGGUGACAACACAACCAAACCUGACAUGUACUAUGCAUCGGUGAAAGCUCUCUAUACGGUGGGCUACAGCACGUCUCUGGUGUCUCUGACCACAGCUAUGGUCAUUCUGUGCCGCUUCCGGAAGCUUCACUGCACCAGGAACUUCAUCCACAUGAACCUGUUUGUGUCCUUCAUGCUGAGAGCCAUCUCUGUGUUCAUUAAAGACGGGGUCCUGUAUGCUGAGGAGGACAGCGACCACUGCUUCGUUCAUACUGUGGGGUGUAAGGCGGUGAUGGUCUUCUUCCAUUACUGUGUGAUGUCAAACUACUUCUGGCUCUUCAUCGAAGGUCUCUAUCUCUUCACGCUUCUGGUGGAAACCUUCUUUCCUGAGAGACGCUACUUCUACUGGUACACCAUCAUCGGCUGGGGAACGCCCACCAUUUGUGUGACCAUAUGGGCCGUUCUGCGCCUUCAUUUUGAUGACUCUGGUUGCUGGGACAUGAAUGAUAAUACUGCCCUCUGGUGGGUAAUCAAGGGACCCGUUGUGGCAUCAAUCAUGAUUAAUUUUGUCCUCUUCAUUGGAAUCAUCAUAAUCUUGGUGCAGAAGCUGCAGUCUCCAGACAUUGGCGGGAACGAGUCCAGCAUCUACCUCAGCUGUGCACAGAAAUGCUUCAGUGAGCCCACACAGGCCGCCCAGCAUUCGUGCAGGAUGUCAGAGCUUUCUACCAUCACGCUGCGUCUGGCGCGCUCCACCCUGCUCCUCAUCCCUCUGUUCGGAAUCCACUACACUGUUUUCGCCUUCUCCCCGGAGGAUUUCAGCAAGCGGGAGCGACUGGUCUUUGAGCUGGGCCUGGGCUCCUUCCAGGGGUUUGUGGUUGCCGUGUUGUACUGCUUUCUGAAUGGAGAGUUUCUCCCUAAAGGUGCAGUCGGAGAUAAAGAGGAAAUGGAGGAGUUGGACGGUGAACAGGUACUUUGCUGUGGACCUGAAGCAGCAGCGUCACCCUUCGCUAGCGAGCAGUGGGGUGAACGGGGGGACACAGCUGUCCAUCCUCAGCAAGAGCAGCUCACAGAUACGCAUGUCCAGCCCUCUGGCCGAGACGGUCAACCUCAACCUGCCCACCUGAGCGCCUGAUUGGCCAGUCCGCUCAUAAGCCCCGCCCUCCAACUCACCCUCUUCACCUGCAGUAGGGCCGACCAAUCACAAUUAGAGAAGAACUAGACCAGCCUAUGAACUAGUAAUAAUUAAUGAAAUCUCUGGAUAGUAUUUAAAGAUUCCAAACAAGAUCCAGAAUGUGUCACCCAUUAUCUGUUAGAAGCGAUUCGUCCAGGGAAAUAUUUAUAGUGCCAAAACUGUUUCGAGCUUAAAAGUUGCAAUUCAGGUUAGGAAGCUUUUUAACCAUAACGCAACUUUUUGAAGGCGUUCUAAUUAAUCUAAUAAGUAAAUAACAAUACAAGCAUAAAAGAAUGUAAUUUUAAUCAAUAAUAAUGCAGAACAGGGGCUGUAUGAUUCACACCGCAAUGCCAAAAUGAGAUCGCGGCGGAAAUUAGAGUGAAUUUUCAUAUCGCAUUUUGAGCCAUAGAGAAUGUGAACGGUUUGUGGUUAGAAUGUAGUCAGAGAAACAUCAAUCCAUCCAACAUCACGUUGCUUUCUAGUUUAAGUGUAAAUCAGAUAUCUACGGAGCCCCGCACAUGGCAUGCA